UCCAUCCAUCCCCCCACCCCUCCCUCCCCUUCCUGCUCCCUCCAGCUCUGCUUCACUCCUCCCCCUCCACUCCCUCACUCCUUCCUGCUAGCAGCUGCUCCAGUGGGAAUCUGCUUGCUGGGGCCACCGCCUGGGCUAGCAGUGGUGUACUCCAUUGCGGCCUGCACCGGCCUCAGGCUGUGUCGGCUCCGUCGCCUUCCCUGGUCGCCUUCCCAGGUCGCGGAUGCUGUGGGCGCCUCCUUGGGAAGCUCCCAGAGACACUGUCACUGGAUGUUAGACUGCUGGCAGACUGCAGACCAGAAGGGUCCUGUCUUCUCCUGAUGUGUUUGCCCUUAGGUACCUGAGCUGACACCGACGGUGCCUAAAGAUGCUGAGCAGCGUUUGGUUCAUCAGCGUGUUAACCGUGGCCGGGUUCUUACAGGCAGAGAGUCGCAAAACUGCCAAAGACAUUUGCAAGAUCCGCUGCCUGUGCGAAGAGAAGGAAAACGUACUGAAUAUUAAUUGUGAAAACAAAGGAUUUACAACUGUCAGCCUGCUCCAACCACCCCAGUAUCGAAUCUACCAGCUUUUCCUCAAUGGAAACCUUUUGACAAGACUGUACUCCAACGAGUUUGUCAAUUACUCCAAUGCAGUGACUCUCCAUCUAGGUAACAAUGGGCUGCUGGAGAUCCGAACUGGGGCAUUCAGUGGCCUGAAAAUGCUCAAGAGACUACACCUUAACAACAACAAGCUGGAGGUGCUGAGGGAGGACACCUUUGUGGGCUUGGAAAGCCUGGAGUAUCUCCAGGCUGACUACAAUUAUAUCAGUGCAAUCGAGGCAGGAGCAUUCAGCAAACUGAAUAAGCUCAAAGUACUCAUCCUGAAUGACAACCUUCUGCUGUCACUGCCCAGCAAUGUGUUCCGGUUUGUCCUGCUGACCCACUUAGAUCUGAGAGGAAAUAGGCUGAAAGUAAUGCCUUUUGCAGGUGUCCUUGAACAUAUUGGAGGGAUCAUGGAGAUUCAGCUGGAGGAAAAUCCAUGGAACUGCACUUGUGACCUACUUCCUCUCAAGGCUUGGCUGGACACCAUAACUGUUUUUGUGGGGGAGAUUGUUUGUGAAACUCCCUUUAGAUUGCAUGGGAAAGAUGUGACUCAACUGACCAGGCAAGACCUCUGUCCCAGAAAAAGUACUGGUGAUUCCAGUCAGAGGGGCAGCCAUGUUGAUAUACACAUCCAAAGGCUGUUGCCUACAGUGAAUCCUGCUCUCAACCCAACCAGGGCUCCAAAAGCCAGCCGACCACCCAAAAUGAGAAAUCGUCCAACUCCUCGGGUCACUGUGUCUAAGGACAGGCAGAGCUUUGGCCCGAUCAUGGUGUACCAGACCAAAUCCCCUGUGCCCCUAACCUGCCCCAGUAGCUGCGUGUGCACCUCUCAGAGCUCAGACAGUGGUCUAAAUGUAAACUGCCAAGAAAGAAAGUUCACUAAUAUAUCUGACUUGCAGCCCAAACCUACCAGUCCAAAAAAACUCUAUCUGACAGGGAACUAUCUUCAAGCUGUCUAUAAGAAAGACCUCUUAGAUUAUAGUUCUUUGGAUUUGUUACAUUUAGGAAACAACAGGAUUGCAGUCAUUCAGGAAGGUGCCUUCACAAACCUGACCAGUUUACGCAGACUUUAUCUGAAUGGAAAUUACCUUGAAGUGCUGUACCCUUCCAUGUUUGAUGGACUGCACAGCUUGCAGUAUCUCUAUUUAGAGUAUAAUGUUAUUAAGGAAAUCAAACCGCUGACCUUCGAUGCUUUGAUUAACUUACAGCUACUGUUUUUGAAUAACAACCUUCUUAGGUCCUUACCUGAUAACAUAUUUGGGGGCACGGCUCUCACCAGGUUGAAUCUGAGAAAUAACCAUUUUUCUCACCUGCCUGUGAAAGGGGUUCUGGAUCAGCUCCCAGCUUUUAUCCAGAUAGAUCUGCAAGAGAACCCAUGGGACUGCACCUGUGACAUCAUGGGGCUAAAGGACUGGACAGAACAUGCUAAUUCUCCUGUCAUCAUCAAUGAGGUGACCUGUGAGUCUCCGGCUAAGCAUGCAGGGGAGAUCCUGAAGUUUCUGGGGAGGGAGGCUAUCUGUCCAGACAGUCCGAACUUGUCAGAUGGAACCAUUCUAUCAGCGAAUCACAACACAAACACACCUCGGUUGCUUAGUGUAUCUCCCAGUUCCUAUCCUGAAUUACACACUGAAGUUCCACUUUCCAUUUUAAUUUUAGGAUUGCUUGUUGUCUUUAUUUUAUCUGUCUGUUUUGGGGCAGGUUUAUUUGUCUUUGUACUGAAACGCCGAAAGGGGGUGCCAAGUGUUCCGAGGACUGCCAACAACUUAGAUUUAAGUUCCUUUCAGUUACAGUAUGGGUCUUACAACAGUGAGACUCAAGAUAAAAUGGAUGGCCACGUCUAUAACUACAUCCCCCCACCUGUGGGGCAGAUGUGCCAAAACCCCAUCUACAUGCAGAAGGAUGGAGACCCAGUAGCCUAUUAUCGAAACUUGCAAGAAUUCAGCUAUGGCAACCUGGAAGAGAAAAAAGAGGAGGAGGCAGCUUACACUAUAAGUGCCAAUGAGUUGCUAGAAAAGCAGACCACACCCAGAGAGCCAGAGUUGCUGUAUCAGAAUAUUAUUGAGCGUGUUAAGGAACUCCCCAGUGCAGGACUAGUCCACUAUAACUUUUGUACCUUACCUAAAAAGCAGUUUGCCCCAUCAUAUGAAUCUCGACGCCAAAACCAAGACAGAAUCAAUAAAACCGUUUUAUAUGGAACUCCCAGGAAAUGCUUUGUGGGGCAGUCAAAACCCAACCACCCUUUACUGCAAGCUAAGCCUCAAUCAGAACCAGACUACCUCGAAGUUCUGGAAAAACAAACUGCAAUCAGUCAUCUGUGAAGGGAAAUCGUUUACAAUUCUAUGGCAUCAAAGGAUGCUGCUCCAAACUGUUGGAAACAUUGUGUUUGUUUUCCAGUUUGUGGUCUCCCUUUCCCAGCCAUCAGUGGGGAACUUGGAAAAUGAUUGGUGAUAGGGUGAAGCAAUUAUACUUUUUUUUCAAGCUUUCCUUUAAAUUAUUUUUCUCCUGCCCACCCACCCCUAAUUUUUUCAUUCUCUCCUUAGGAAUCAUCAUUCAACAUAAAUGUUUCUACAAUGAAGUUUUUCAUAUAUUUUGUUUAUGGUUUCAUUUCUUUUUUCUUUUUCCAGUGGGGAGUGGGAAGAGGAGAUUAUAGUGAAUGAAGAAAGAGUAAGCAAAGUUUUCAAAUAAAAAUGAGUAUUUAGUGUAUUUUGUAGAAGAUCUCCAAAGAUCUUUUGAGACUAUAAAUUCUUUUGUAAAUAAUGAUAUAUGGUAUUUCGAUCUUCAGUUACCAAGUAUAGCCACUAGGCAUCAAUUCUUUAUGUUAAAGUGCCUUUGCACUUUAAGUACGUUACUUAAAUGUUGCUUUUAGCUUCAAUAAAUUGAACAUAUUCUAAUGUGUUGUAUUUUUUGAAAUUAAAACACUGUAAAGUAGAUAAUAAUGUCAGCUAUAUUAAGUCAAUGUACAAUUUGCUUGAGUUAUAGAUACCAGCCUGUCAUCAAAUUAUUCUAAUUCUAAGACUUUAUAGAUUUAACUGUAAAAUAUUUCCUUUCCACUGAAUUUGUUCUAAGUGAUUUUAUUUUGGUCAACUAAGGGGACUUAACAGUGGACUAGAGGUAAUAAUCUUUCUCAGUCUGGCUUAGUAAUUCAUUAAUAAAAUAUAUUUAACCCAAUAUCAGAGUGAAUUGAACAAUUAAUGCCCUUUGUAAGUCAU